AUGGCUACGGAUGGUAAAACGACCACCAAUGGGGCGAGUGGGGUCAGCGGAAUCAGCGCAGAUGAAAUUGCGCUUUAUGAUAGACAGAUCAGGCUAUGGGGUGUAAAGGCUCAGGAGAGAAUACGCAAUGCCAAUAUCCUUUUGGUAACGCUCAAGGGCCUUGGAAACGAGAUCGCAAAGAACCUCGUAUUGGCCGGAAUUGGCACUCUGACCAUCGUUGACGACGGAAUGGUGCGUGAGGAGGAUCUUGGGGCUCAGUUCCUCAUCACAGAGGAGAAUCUCAAGCAAAGCAGGGUUGAAGCUGCGGCACCACAUAUACGCCAGCUGAAUCCCAGAGUGAAACUACAUGCAGACCCGUCUAGCAUCAAAUCGAAACCUCCAGUAUACUUUGAACAGUUCGACCUUGUCAUAGCCACCGACCUGGACUUUGAAACAUUCGCAACGAUCAAUGCAGCCUGCCGCGUUGCAAACCGCCCUUCAUACAUAGCCGGUGUCCAUGGCUUCUACGGGUUCAUCUUUGCCGACCUUAUUAGCCACACUUUCGUCAUCGAGCGCGAGAAGUCCAACGUGCCUCCACAGACGAACGAGACACCAACACGGACAGUACUAGGCGUCACUACCAAGGUCGAAAAUGAUAAGGUCAUUGAGAUGGUCACGAAGCGAGAGACAUACACACCUUUACUACUGGCAAAUACCUCCCCCUUGCCAGAGGAGUUUACGCGGCUGCCACGGAAACGAAAGCAGGUCACCCCACUGCUCACCUGUCUCCGUGCCUUGUGGGAUUUUGAACGCCAACACGGUGUCCCCCCCUCCUUCUCCCGGCAGGAUUUGGAAAACUACACGCGUUUAGCAAACGAACGCCAUCUGGAGCUUCAAUUAGACCCCUCCACACUUACCGCCUCAUUCCUACGAUCAUUCCUGCAAAACGUCGGCAGCGAAAUUAACCCUGUAGCUGCGUUUUUGGGUGGCAGCCUAGCUCAGGAUGCUAUCAACGUGCUCAGCCAGAGAGAGCAGCCACUCCAAAACUUUCUGAUCUUUGACUCUGAAAAGAGCGUUGCUCCGGUUUAUUCCCUACACCCGUUUUUCCCCGAUACUACUAAUGGCCUAUGA